CUUAUAGUUCAGCAUUCAUUUCUCACCUUUUCAAAACAAAAAAGUUUCAAUUCUCAAGGUUAGAUUACUAUAGGGAACAGUUUCAAUUUGAAUAUGAAUAACAGAUUUUCACUAGUAGCUUGCAUGCUACUUUUAAGCUUCCUUGUGGUCUGUCAAGGAGGAAGCCUUAAGAAGAGGUUUUACCAGAAUUCCUGCCCUCAAGCCGACGACAUUAUUAAGACCAAAACAUUGCAGCAUGUCUCUGCUGAUCCCAUCUUACCCGCUAAGUUGCUUAGAUUGCAUUUUCAUGACUGCUUUGUCAGGGGAUGUGAUGGCUCAGUUUUGUUGAACUCUACUGCCAAUAACACUGCAGAGAAGGAUUCAAUUCCUAAUUUAACAGUGCUUGGCUUUGAUGUCAUUGAUGAUAUAAAAAGCGCGGUCGAGGAAAAAUGUCCCAAAACUGUGUCUUGUGCCGACAUAUUAGCAUUGGCCGCUAGAGACGCUGUUUCAGCACAAUUUAAGAAACCUUUGUGGGAGGUGCUCACCGGUAGAAGAGACGGCACAGUGUCGAAAAGUAGUGAAGCCUUGACCGAUAUCCCAGCACCUUUCUUCAACUUCACCCAACUUAAGCAAAACUUUGCGCGUAAAGGUCUUACCGUGCAUGAUCUGGUUGUAUUAUCAGGAGCACACACAAUUGGAAUAGCUCACUGCAACUCCUUCAGUACCAGGCUUUAUAACUUCACCGGAAAAGGCGACCAAGACCCUUCUUUGGAUUCCACAUAUGCUGCAUUCUUGAAGACUAAAUGUAAGAGUCUGAGUGACACCACUACAACGGUGGCGAUGGAUCCUGGAAGCUCUGGCAAUUUCGACGGUCGCUAUCAUCCUAACCUUCUUCAGAAAAAGGGUCUAUUUCAAUCAGAUGCUGCACUUCUAACACAAGAUCAGUCAAAAGGUAUUGCUGAAGAAUUGGUUAAUCAAAACAAGUUCUUCACAGAGUUUGCACAGUCAAUGGAGAGGAUGGGAGCCAUUGAGGUCCUCGCAGGCUCGGCUGGGGAAAUUCGGAUCAAGUGUUCCGUUCGGAAGGGUAAAGUGCGCGAGAAGAUGCAAUGUCCUAAGUUCAGCAUUCAUUUCAGAUUUUCACUAGUAGCUUGCAUGCUACUUUUAAGCUUCCUUGUGGUCUGUCAAGGAGGAAGCCUUAGGAAGAGGUUUUACAAGCAUUCCUGUCCUCAAGCCGACGACAUUAUUAAGACCAAAAUAUUGCAGCAUGUCUCUGCUGAUCCCAAAUUACCUGCUAAAUUGCUUCUAUUGCAUUUUCACGACUGCUUUGUCAGGGGAUGUGAUGGCUCAGUUUUGUUGAACUCUACUGCCAAUAACACUGCAGAGAAGGAUUCAAUUCCUAAUUUAACAGCGAGUGGCUUUGAUAUCAUUGAUGAUAUAAAAAGCGCGGUCGAGGAAAAAUGUCCCAAAACUGUGUCUUGUGCUGACAUAUUAGCAUUGGCCGCUAGAGACGCGGUAUCAGCACAAUUUAAGAAACCUUUGUGGGAAGUGCUCACUGGUAGAAGAGAUGGCACAGUGUCGAAAAGUAGCGAAGCCUUGACCAAUAUCCCGUCGCCUUUCUUCAACUUCACCCAGCUCAAACAAAACUUUGCGCGUAAAGGUCUUACCGUGCAUGAUCUGGUUGUAUUAUCAGGAGCACACACAAUUGGAAUAGCUCACUGCAACGCCUUCAGUAACAGGCUUUAUAACUUCACCGGAAAAGGCGAUCAAGACCCGUCUUUGGACUCCACAUAUGCUGCAUUCUUGAAGACUAAAUGUAAGAGUCUGAGUGACACCACUACUACGGUGGAGAGGGGUCUUGGCGGUUCUGGAAAUUUCAACAAUCACUAUUAUCCUAACCUUCUUCAGAAAAAAGGUCUUUUUCAAUCAGAUGCUGCACUUCUAACAGAAGAUCAGUCAAGAGGUAUUGCUGAAGAAUUGGUUAAUCAAAACAAGUUUUUCACAGAGUUUGCACGGUCAAUGGAGAGGAUGGGAGCCAUUGAGGUCCUCGCAGGCUCCGCUGGGGAAAUUCGGAUCAAGUGUUCCGUUGUCAACUCAUAAAUAAGUAUAGAAGUUGUUUCUAGUACAAAUAGUCAUGAAGUUGUGUGACUUGUGUCUAGUACAGAGUGAGAUAGAUCAUACAUGCAUGGUUUCAAAUUACUGCAUAUUGCAUAUUAUAACUGUAUAUUGCAUAUUAACUUUCAAUUAUGAAAAAUAAAUUUGAAAGCCUCUGGUUCAGGUAGAUCCAAGUCAAAGAUUAUAAUGGUCAGGGAUCUCAGAAAGUA